ACUAUUGUAAACAAAGAGCGAGGUUAUAUGACGAGCGCGAAACUUGGGGAAACUACAAGGGAUUAAUUGUUAAUUAGCAUCGUACCCCUCCGCCUUCACGGGGCUUGAAACCCGACCCAACCAGACUUGCGUCGGAUCCUGACAGGGGAGAAGGGUUAGUAGGCCCCAGCCUGAUCUGAUUGGGUUCAGCGUCAGUCAGUCGUCGGCUCUCAAUAGUUAAUCUUCGUCUUCUCAUCUUUCACUGCGGUCCCCGACCUCGCCUUCAACCACAAAAAGGAGUAUUAUCAUUUAUUACCAUAAAUAUGGAGUCGGGGUCUAAGAGUGAUGAAGUAGGUUCCUAUAAAAGCACCACUGCAAAGAAGGCUCGGCUUCAGUCCAUGCUUUCUGCUCUCCUUGAUGAUCCCAUACUGUCUGAUGUUCCCAAAAAACCAUCACUGUCAGAUGUUGACACGUUAAUAAACUUGGAGCUUGGCAGUGCAAUGAGAAUAUCUGUUGUGAGGAUGGACAAUACCUCCUUUGUUGUUGCAGUACUGAAUUCUGCUACCCUUAAGGAUUUGAAGCUAGCGAUCAGGAAAAAAACAGAUGAAAUAGAGCAAGCAAAAAUGGGGCAUCGCCACAUAUCUUGGAGGCAUGUCUGGGCAAACUUUUGUUUGGCUUACAGCAAUGAGAAGCUCAUCAAUGACAGCGCACUGCUUUCUGACUAUGGCAUACGCAAUAACUCCAAGGUUCAUUUUAUACCUUAUGUCAUGUCCCGAGAACUUCAGAAGCAUUCAAGGAGGAAAAAACAUCGAUUUUUUCAUGGUCUUAGCAAGAGAUUAUGACUAUCUUAAAAAUGAAGCCUACAGAAAGAGAGGAAAGAGACCUCCUGUAGUAUCGCUGUUUUGAGUAUACUGCCCCUGCAGUUUCAUUGUUGCAGAUAAAACCCCUGGGUUAAAAUGUUUUGACUCUCUUUUACCCUAGGUGAAAUUUUGGCAUCUAUUGCCCCUGGUUGUGAGUCUAUCUGAGGGUCUCAGAGUCCAAGAGUUUACACAGGGAGUCUAUUUGCAACAUGGAAGAAUAGGGUUCAUGAAGCCGACCCCAAAAAUUUGGGUAAAGACUUUGUUGUUAUUGUUGUUGCAGUCUAUCUCCAACAGUGAAGCUACAGGGGUAGUAUAAGCAAAAUGACACUGCAGACGGCCUAUUUGCCCUUAACCCAAUUUUAUUUAUUCUCAGAGCAGAAAGGAAGAUUUUGUGCUUAUUUAGUCACUGGUACUUUUUUCAUCAGGGAAUUAUACUCGUCAGUAAUUCUUUCUUAUUCUCAA